AAUAAUUUAUUCUCAGAACUACCGAACCAUGGCGAGCAAAGUGUGGACGAGUUUGAAAACGGGUGUGAGCAGGAGCCUCAACAAGAGAUUUUAUUCUCAAAAUGUGAGAAAAGUCACAUUAAUCCCUGGAGAUGGGAUAGGACCUGAAAUUUCUGCCUCUGUGCAGCAAAUUUUCAGAGCUGCUGAUGUGCCUGUUGAAUGGGAGGCUGUGGAUGUAACACCAGUCAAGGGCCCCGAUGGGCGCACCCGUAUCCCUCCAGCUGCAGUGCACUCCAUGAAUCAGAACAUGAUUGGUUUAAAGGGACCCCUUGCCACGCCCAUUGGUAAAGGACAUAUGAGCCUCAAUCUUGCCCUCCGAAAGGAAUUCAAUCUCUAUGCCAAUGUUCGACCCUGCAAGUCACUGGAGGGUUACAAGACUCCCUAUGAUGAUGUAGAUCUAGUCACCAUCAGAGAAAAUACCGAGGGAGAGUACAGUGGCAUUGAACAUACAAUCGUUGAUGGUGUGGUACAGAGUAUCAAACUGAUCACCAAGGAGGCCUCGAUGAGAGUAGCUGAGUUUGCCUUUGAGUACGCCAAGGCUAACAGCAGACAUACAGUGACGGCUGUACACAAAGCAAACAUCAUGAGGAUGUCCGAUGGUCUGUUCCUUAGCUGCUGUAGAGAGGUAGCAGAGAAACAUAGAGACAUCAAGUUCAAUGAGAUCUACCUAGAUACAGUCUGUCUUAAUAUGGUGCAAGAUCCCAAUCAGUAUGAUGUGUUGGUCAUGCCUAACUUAUAUGGUGAUAUCCUCAGUGAUCUUUGUGCAGGUCUAGUAGGAGGUCUUGGUGUAACGCCAAGUGGAAACAUCGGAGCUGGAGGUGUCGCCAUCUUUGAAUCAGUUCACGGUACAGCCCCUGACAUAGCAGGGGAGGACAAGGCGAACCCCACAGCUCUCCUCCUUAGUGCUGUUAUGAUGCUUAGACACAUGGAGCUCAUGGGACAUGCGGGUCGCAUCGAGAAGGCAUGUCUCGAGGUCAUCAGUGAAAAAGAGCAUCUGACUGGUGAUUUAGGUGGAACAGCAACCUGCUCUGAGUUUACACAGGCCAUAUGUGACAGGGUUCAGCAGCUAGAAUAGAAUCUACCAAGCUCCUAACUCAUCAACUAUCACCCCCUCUCUGAUAUCAAAGUCAUCACAUAUUGUAUCUACCUGUAUUCCAUAUCUUCACUCAGUGUUUACCUCCCUCUAUUAAAACAACUGUGUUGAAACUCAAACUUUGUGGCAUGAACAUGCAAACAUAUUAAUCAAAUAGUUGUGAGUACUUUUAUUUAUAUAUUAACCAUAUCCACUAAAAAAGGUUUACAAGUUAUAUACAACAAACAUUUAAUCUGAUGCGAUGGUUGUUUGCCUUAGUAAUUUAGUUCUGGCAAGUUAAUUUGAAAAUUAAUGGCCAUCAUCAUUGCAAGAGGAGCAGUAUGUUCUUCAACUCAGGUGGUUUCUAUUAUGAAUAUGAAUAGAGAAGAGUAGUGCACUCAACAAGUCAUGUAUGUUUGUUAAAGAUGUAUGAGAUUUUGUUUUCUUCAGAAGUUCAAUUUAUUAUGUGAGAUUUUGCAUAAUUUGAACUCUACAUUUUUUUUUUUACUGAUGCAGACUUACUAUGGCUUUCUUGUUAUGC